UGAUAAAAAAAAAUCUAUAAAUUUUUCCCUGAAACGACCGAAAGGGAACAAUCGUUUCUGCCGUGCGUCAGUGCGUUAAGAAGAGAGAAAAAAUGAUUGCUAAGAUUUCUUUUGUGGCCGUUUUGGUACUGGGAGUGUACCUAAGCUUAACUCCGAGUGGAGCAGCUGGGAAUCUGAUGUGCUACAACUGCACGUCCAUCGGUAGCAACAGCUCCUGUAGCGACCCACUAAGCAGCGAUGCCGACAUGACCACUUGCGCUGACAGCAGCGAGAAGUGUGCAAAGGUCACCUUCGAAGUUGGCAACAAUACUUUCUGGAACAGAUUCUGUAGCAACGCCACUUGCGAUCAGCUAAAGCAGUUGGCUCCCAGUGGUGCUGAGAUAAGCAACUUCGAAUGUUCCCAGUGCAGCAGCGACCAUUGUAACGCAGCUGGUAGUUUUGGGGUGUCCCUCGUAGCUGUCGCGGUCGCUUUGAUCGUCUCCAAACUGUUUUAAGGUUAUACGAGGGGAUGUUCGAAGAAAUUUAAUAAAGCGUUAAUUUAAACAUGAA